AUAAGAUGAGGAAAUACAAAAGGAGUCAAAUGGCAUUCUGAGCUAUCCUUUAUUCUAGGAUCAAGAUAGGUUUAGUGCCAAAAUCUUUUUAUGAACUUGCAUGCCUAUAGUUCCCGUCUUUUGGGACUUUAGCACUUUGACAAAAGAUCUUGGGAAAGUACUGUUUCACCAGUGUGAUUUGGAUUCAAGUGUCUGCUCUGACGCAAUGGUAGCCCAAUUGUUCACUUGACUACAUUUGGUUUGUGCAGAAUCUGUGAUAGUUCAAGUUAGUUUUCAGCAUGAUGACAGGAGCAACAUUGAUAGUAAUAGUCUUCCUAGUUUCCAGCCUCAAGGUUUUAAGUUCAUUUGCUGGCAUAGACUCAGAAACAUAUGUGGUUCACAUGGACAAGACCAAGAUCAAAGCUUUAGAUGUCUCUCUUGGAACAUCAAAAAGAUGGUAUGAGGCCAUCAUUGAAUCUAUUGCAGUGUCCUCAGCAGGUGCAAAUGAAGAGAUAGAUCAGCCAGCAGCAUUUCCUGAACUUCUUUAUGUUUAUGAAAAUGUUCUUUCAGGUUUUUCUGCAAAGCUCUCCAAGAAACAUCUUGAAUCUCUAAGAAAAGUCGAUGGCUUUCUCGCUGCCACAACUGAUGAAUUACUUAUCCUCCAUACAACUCAUUCGCCUCAUUUUCUUGGCCUGCAAGAGGGAAAGGCGUUGUGGGCUCCUCAAAAUCUGGAUUCAGAUGUGAUCAUCGGUGUUGUGGAUACUGGAAUAUGGCCUGAACACCCCAGUUUCAGUGGCUCAGGUGUAUCACGGGUGCCUUCUCGUUGGAAAGGAAAAUGUGAGGCUGGCACGAAAUUCUCAGCUUCAAAAUGUAACCAUAAGCUCAUAGGUGCCGGAGCCUUCUUCAAAGGGUAUGAGGCUAUUGCUGGAAGAAUAAACGAGACAUUAGAUUACAGAUCACCUCGUGAUUCUCAAGGACAUGGAACGCAUACUGCUUCGACUGCAGGUGGUAAUCUUGUAGAGGGUGCAAGUUUUUUAGGUCUGGCUAAAGGACCAGCCGCUGGAAUGAGGUAUACAGCAAGAAUUGCAGCAUACAAAGCUUGCUACCAAUUAGGAUGUGCAAGUUCUGAUAUAUUAGCUGCCAUAGAACAAGGAGUCAAUGAUGGGGUGGACGUGCUUUCACUUUCCUUAGGAGGCGCCUCAAAACCAUAUUACAAUGACAACUUGGCUAUUGCAUCAUUUGGUGCAAUCCAAAAUGGAGUUUUCGUCUCGUUUUCAGCUGGCAAUUCAGGUCCUCGAGACUCCACAGUUAGCAAUGUUGCACCGUGGAUCAUGACAGUUGCAGCUAGCUACAUGGACCGUGGUUUUUCGACCAAAGUCCAACUUGGUGACAGGCGGGUUUUCUCAGGAGCCUCCCUGUAUUCAGGCAAGCCCACAAAAUCAUUGCCAUUGGUAUAUGGUGAAACUGCAGGCAGAGGAGCGGCUAAAUUUUGCUCCAGCAGCUCCCUCUCUCCAAGACUAGUUAAAGGAAAGAUUGUCAUUUGUGACAGAGGAAUAAAUGGCAGAGUUGCAAAAGGAGAGGAAGUUAAAAUGGCAGGGGGAGCAGGGAUGAUACUGGCAAAUGAUGAAAAUCAAGGCGAGGAACUCUUGGCUGAUCCACACAUCUUUCCUGCUACAUCAUUGGGAGCUGUAGCAGCCAAUGCUGUCAAGAUGUAUUCAAACUUCUCAAGCAAUGCAACUGCUACAAUCGAGUUUAAAGGAACUGUUUACAGCAACCCGGCUCCUGUUAUGGCUGCAUUUUCCUCACGGGGACCUAGCGUGAUUGGACCCGAUAUCAUCAAGCCAGAUAUAACUGCACCAGGAGUGAAUAUUUUAGCAGCAUGGCCACCAAAUAUUAGUCCAUCAGAGCUCAAAAGUGACAGAAGAAGAGUUCGAUUCAACAUUGUUUCAGGCACAUCUAUGUCGUGUCCACAUAUUAGUGGCCUAGCUGCACUUCUCAAAUCCUUGCACAAAGAUUGGUCGCCAGCAGCAAUCAAAUCAGCCUUAAUGACAACGGCUUAUACCCACGACUCUCAUAAUUCUCCAAUAUUUGAUGCCGCUUCCACAAACUCAAAAAUUGCCACCCCAUUUGCAUUUGGUUCUGGCCACGUUGAUCCUGAGAAGGCUUCUGAUCCUGGCCUAAUCUAUGACAUCUCAACAGAAGAUUACCUUUCCUACUUGUGUAGCCUAAACUACAACUCUUCACAAAUGGCCCUCUUUGCUGGGGGGAACUUCACUUGCUCCCCCGGCUCUGAUCUUCAAUCCAGUGACUUAAACUAUCCUUCUUUUGCAGUACUUCUGAGCAGCAAUGCUCGGAACAUUACAGUAACAUACAAGAGAACAGUCACAAAUGUUGGAACUCCUGUGAGCACUUAUGCGGUGAAAGUGACUGAACCCGAAGGUGUAUCCAUCAUUGUUGAGCCUAAAGUUCUGAAGUUUCGUAAGUUGGGGGAAAAACUGAGUUACAGAGUGCGUUUUACGUCAAUAGCUGAAGGUACUGCAUCAGCUAACUUCUCAUUUGGGACUCUAGUGUGGGCUUCCAAGAAGUAUUCUGUCAGGAGUCCUAUUGCAGUCACCUGGUUGCAAUAAUUAGAGCAUGACUAUCCUACUCUGAACUAGAACUUCUCAAGCUAAGCCCACAUAUCUUCUGUACUCUUAUCUUUCUCAAGAUUUGAAGAAUGUUGUGGUAUUUCUCUGCGAAUGUAGCAGUAUGAAUGGACUACUAUUAUUUCAAA